UUACGUGAUAUACUAGUACUGACUUUUUUUUUCAGAUACAACUCUUCAAUAGAUAUGAAAAAUUUUAAAAAGAAGGACAUAUUUCUUCAUCUUAUAUUCUUUGUCGCAGGCAGUUGUGUUUCACUCAGCAUUUAUAUUCAUAUUGAGCCAUGUGUUAUUAAACACGUGGAACCUGCAACACCAAAUGUUGCGCCAAUUGUGCUCGCUGAAAGAGAACAGAAAAUCUGUGCAAGAAAGAAUGACACGAUGUUAACGUUGAAUGAACCGCCAUGCGUCUGCAACAGAAGAGUACAUACCUCUCCGCAGUGGACACUGGAACUUGAACAAAAGAUGAAAAGUUUAGAACGAUUUGAGAGGCGGAAGAUCUGUAUGGACGACAUAUACAACUAUGUGGACGGCAGGUCACCAGUCAGCUACCCAGCUCAUGGUCUCUACGUUAGGCCACUGCGGGCAGUUUUAAUCAAAGGACUACGAAUUGAAUGGUUCAUCCCCCGCCGGGGUACCCAAGAAGAAAAGGUGGAAUUUCGUGCUGAAAAAGGCGUUUUUACUACGCUAUGUAAUUACGAAAACGUCUAUAUUGAAGGGAAAGAGACCAAAAGGAUGACAAUAAGAACAAACAGCCCAUCCCUGCUGAAUCUUCAGCUUCAGGACAUAGUGUACCGUAACACGGAAUUUGACACCAACAUAUUUGAAAAAGGUUUUUUUUUUCUUUUUACAAAUUGUUAGAUGCAUUCAUGGCGGUAGCUUACAUGGUUAAGCCGGGCCCGGGUUUCUUUAGGAUGUUUUCUAAAAUCUUUUUCGGCGCCUAACGCUCUUUUACCCGGUGUGUUUUUGCCUCUCCCCCAGUGAUUUCGCCCUUCCGGGCGGGGGUGGGGGUUGAUAACGCUAGCGAUUUCGUCUCACUCCAGAGAUCUUACACUAUUCUGCCUCUUAGUAAACCCUAUCUAGACUGGGCUUUUAUGGAUCUUUGGGACGGGGGGGGCUCCUUCGCCCCCUCCGAACUCAUGAAAGGUAUAUCGUAUGACCACUGAAUUUUUAGUGGAUGGUGUACUAGUUAAUAUUGAUCAAAACAAGAAAUUUUGAUAUCAUUAUAACGUAAUUAUGACGCCAUUCAUGACAAAGGAAGUUAUGUCAUCUCAAUGUAAGCGUUACAUCAAAGAAUUUUAAACUUCCACGGCCCUAAAUGAAAAUGUAUAGUUCCAUAUCUUGCAACCAAUCACCGCUCGAGUAAAACCAAUUUAAUGUUAUGCAACUUUGAAAUACUUGCCUUAUUUGCAAUACCAUUCCUGAAAUCUAAUGUGCCUAAAAGUCAAGAACAUACAGCUACUGUGUGCUUAACUAUAGGACCAAGCCCGGGUUCCAGAACGUCAGAGCGGUAGCAGCAGGGCAUUCUUCUACCGAAUUGUCUGUUAAAAUCAUUUAAACAUAA